AUGAGAUUUUUAAAUAAAUAUUUUAGAAUUUUAACAAUAAUAAGAAUUAUUUUGUUAAUUUCACUUAACUAUGUCUCUUGCUGUGAGGAAUAGUUAAUAGAAUUACUUUCAAAUCAAGGUUUUAAUCCUGAAUGUGAUAAUUUAAGUAACAUUGUUGUGGAUGGAAGAAAUUCAUAGAAGAGUGAUGCAUAUUUAGAGCUAAGUAAAAGUGUAAUUUCUAAUGCAAAUAGAAUCAUUUUUAGAAAUUUCAAUCUACUGAAUUUUAAGAAAAUAACUUUAAAUAAAAUUGAAAGAUCAUCUAUUGAUGAUUUAGCGUUUAUUGAAAUUUAGCAAAGUAACGCUAUCAUAUUUGAUGAUGUUUAAAUUUUUUAUGAGUAGGAAAGUAACAUUUUUUCUUUUCUCAUUCAAAACAACUAAAAUGUCUAAAUAAAUAGCCUUGCUAUUAAUUUUUUAAAUGGAUAUGCACCAUUUUUGUAACAACAAAAUCCGACUGUCUUAAGAAAGCAAUUAAUUUCUCAGUUGAUAGAUAAUAAAGAAGUCAUAAUAUUAGAUUACUCUUUUAACUAUAAUUAAAGUGAUGACUAAUCGAAAGAAUUUAAUGAUAUCCUAGGAUUGUAUUUAUCUAAUAGCACAACAGUUAUAAAAAAGCUAAACGUUGUAAUUAACUAUAACAAAUACUAAGUCAUGCUUAAUAAUAACUUUUUAAUCAAUAUUUUACUUGCAGAAAACUAUGAUAAUAAGGUUUAAAUGAAUGAAGUAAACAUAAAUUUGUUAUCUAUCAAAAAUGAAUUUGGUUUUAUAUAAGCAAGUGGUUUUAUAUAGUUUAUAUGCAAAUACAAUAAUGAUGUAAUGUGUGGGGAGAUACACAUAGGAACCUUAAAUAUUAAAAAUAAAAAUUUAAUAUUAAACAUGCUAAUAUUUGAUAACUAAUAUAAUGUUACUGUCGAAGAACUAAAUCAUGUUGAUUCUUUAUAUGAGGAAGUUUUAUUAGUAAAUUAAAUAGGUUUCAUAAGAAGUGUUUUGUUGAUCAACACUCAAGUCAAAAAUUUAGUAUUAAAUAAAGUAAAUAUUUUGCAAACUGCAAGCUUUUAGUACUAUUACAUUCUAAACCUUUAAAACUUAAACAAUGAUAUUAACUUUUAGCUAAAUGAAUUUAAUAUGUUAUCAUCAAAUUGGACAAACACUAUGCUCUACAUCUAUUAAGACUAGUAGUCAGAAAAGUCAUAAUAUAUAAUGAUAAAUAUGAAAAAUAGUAAUUAUAUUGGGCUUUUCCCAUUGCUUUUUAUGUUUGCUUAGUAUGUUACUCUUAAUGUAGACAUUGAAACUCACUAAAUUUUAUAAACAUCUAAUGGUCUAAUUUAGAUUAAUUACCCAUAUUAACUAAAUUUAUUAAGUAGUAAAGUAAAAAUAAAUAGCAUCACAACUAAUAUUGAUCUUGGAAGAGGAGCGAUUAUUUAAAUUUUUCAUGGCUAAUACGAUAAAGGUAGCAUUAUUAUUAAAGAUUUUUAGUUUGAAUCCUUUAGUAAUUCAAUCAUUAAUUCAAGAUAAGGAGGAGUCUUUUAUAUUCAUAAAGGAUAAAUAUAUUUUCAAAAUGUUACUGCAUCUGGCUUUAAUAUAAGCGGUAAUGGUGCCUUUGCUUAUAUAAGAGCAUAUAAUAUCUCAAUAGAAAAUUGCUCAUUAGAUCAUUUUUCAUCUGGUAUUUCUGGAGGCAUAUUUAUUUGGAGGUGGAUUGUACCUCUAUUCAACAUAAGAAAACACGAAUUCAUUUUAUAUCUCAAAAUUAAGAAUAGAGAACUCGACAGCUAAAAUUGGUGGUGCUAUUAGCUUAAAUGGCAAACCAGAUAACCCUAAUAUUACCUGCAUAAAUACAAAAGCGUAAUAUGA